AUGGGGUCUGUGUUCAUGGCAGGGGACCCUAGUGUAAGAAGGCAUGCAGAGCCAAUCAGCAAAAGCUUGGGAGGGGAAACCAGUACUUUGUCCAUUUGGGAUCUGGCGGCUCCAACCCCAGGCACCAAAGCAGAGAGGACAUCCUCAGCCCCCGCCUGCUACACCCUGGCCAUCAGCCCUGACUCCAAGGUCUGCUUCUCAUGCUGCAGUGAGGGCAACAUCACCAUGUGGGACCUGCACAACCAGACGAUGGUGAGGCAAUUCCAGGGCCACACAGACAUAGCCAGCUGUAUUGACAUUUCUAACGAUGGCACCAAGCUCUGGACAGGCAGCUUGGACAACACCGUCAGGUCCUGGGACCUGCGUGAGGGGCAAUGGCUACAGCAGCACGACUUCACCUCACAGAUCUUCUUGCUGGGCUACUGCCCAACUGGGGAGUGGCUGGCUGUGGGCAUGGAGAGCAGCAACAUGGAGGUUCUGCAUGUGAACAAGCCUGACAAGUACCAGCUGCAUCUCCAUGAGAGCUAUGUGCUGUCCCUAAAAUUUGCUUAUUGUGGUAAGUGGUUUGUGAGUACUGGAAAAGACAACCUCCUCAAUGCUUGGCGGACCCCCUAUGGAGCCAGCAUCUUCCAGUCCAAAGAGUCCUCAUCUGUGCUGAGCUGUGACAUCUCUGGGGAUGACAAGUACAUUGUCACCAGCUCGGGUGACAAGAAAGCCACAGUCUAUGAAGUCAUCUACUGAAAACAUAACAGGGCU